GCGAGAUUUAUUUAAUUUUCGGGCAUGCGUGUUGCAUUACAAAACAUUCACCUCUUUUUUUUUCGAUAUCAGGUCUAGGGGCCGAGGAUUCGCCCAGAUUUUGAAAACAGUGAAUGUUUUUCCUUGUAUUUUUCUCGCCACCUUGAGGAUGGAGAAAAAUAUUUGGAACUUGUCUCGAGAGUGAAACUCAUUCUGGAAUUUACGAAUUCCAGCUGCCGUUGGAGAUCAUCAAGAUAUUCAUUGUUUUUUUUUUAGUCUGAAGAGGUUCAAAAGUAUGGGCGACAAUUACAUUAGGUUAGAAAACUAUGAAAUGUUGAAAGCUCUCUACGACUUUAAAGCAACAUUCGCGAAGACGUUGAGCUUCAGCGAGAGUGACCACUUCAUCCUGCACCAAUCGAAUACAAAACAGAGAAAUUGGUGGCAGGUGGUGAACAAUGCAGGCCAACUGGGCUACAUUCCAUCAAACUACGUGACAACAGUAAAAGUCGAUCCAGACUUCAUGAUAUCUUUUCUGGACGACUGCAUCGAGAAGCUGCGGAGUGAAUUUUCAAAACCAGGAGCACCCCUGCCAAUGGACAAACAAGACUUGGUACAGAGAUUGAUAGAAAAAAGGAGACAGGCAGAUUUGAGUAGAAAGCCGAAGAAACAAGCGCCACAGCCCCCAACAUUCACAAGUUCCUCGCCGGUAAAAGAUUCACCAAUCCCCCAGGAAGCAGAUGAUAAACUCCAGACGAUCCAGAAUGUCCAGAAGACAAAAAUCCUCCCCUACGAGGGGGACAUCAGCCCCCAAUUAAAGCCAGAACCGAAGCCCUCGAAUCCAGAUUCCCAGAUCAGAUCCCUUCCUCGUCAGACUUCCUCAGAGGUUCACCAAAGAGUCCCAGAAACCGAGGAGCUGCAGAAGACUUCCUCCCACUUGAACAUUCGACCUCGCUCCCCCAAGAAAAGCAAAUCUACCCCAGAAAUGGACUCCCAUGCUGCCUACAAAAUCCUCGACGAAGUGAGAAAACACACACAGCUGAGUUACGAGAUGUCCAAACUAGCAGUGAGUGUUGUUGUCUCUGGACUGCAGCAGUAUCUCCCCAGCAACAUCAGCCACUAUUUCGACGUGGUUUUAAAUCAGUUGGAGAAGCCCCUGAUGAUUUCCAACGUAAGUAUCGAGGAAACGUAUGACGCUGAGAGAUUGAAAGUUAUUUUUCGGGAGUUGACGUCGUGUAAAGAGGAUUCCCAGCAGAGGAGUUGGAUGCUCUACGAGGACGAGGCUGUCAUCGUGGAUUACAUCAAGGAACUCACGUCAAUCCUCACCAAUGCUGAUGCCAAUGUCUCCAGACAUGCCCUCAGGCUGGAUCAGUACAAUGGAAUUAGUACUCUGAUUCAGUAUUAUCAAAUGGAGGCGAGAUGGACCAUCAGGCAACUUCUACUCCAGUCCUUUGGGGUCAUGUGCAGUCUUGAUCCUGUUGUCGUCACUAUCAUGCUCAAUAGUAUUUUGCCUAUGGAACUCGCUAGGGAUAUGAGGAGCAAUCCAAGAAAUGUUCCCAAGCUCAACUACUCCUCUCUUUUACUCACUAUGAUUUUUUCAAUGGGGGAACGAAUGCCCAUCACUCAUGUAGAGCAACUGGGGCCUGAAUUUAUCUCAUUUCUCCUGGAGCUCAUCGAGGAACCACCAGAUACUGAUAUGGAUGACCAGAUUCCUGAUUUAUUUCUCAAUUUGGUGCUUUCGUAUAAUCUACAGUUUAGCAGCUCUGAGAAUAUUGUUCUUAAUUCACUCAAGGCCAGGGACAAUGCCAAGACAUUCACGCAGAAAAUUCUAUUGCUGCUUAAUCGAGAAGAGGAUCCUGUGAGGAUAUUCGAUCACGAACCUGCUCCCCCGCACUCAGUCCUCAAAUUGUUCAUCGAUUUAUUCGGAAGUGAGAUAACAGCUUCUUUAUUCUACACGAAUGACGUUAAAGUUCUUAUUGACAUUGUACUGAGGCAACUGUUCGAUAUACCGCCUGGUGAAAAGAGACGACUAUAUCUGGAGCUCUGUCGAAGGGUUUUGAGAACAUCUGGGUAUGACGAUCAUCGACACAGAUCUGAAGAUCUCCUCAAGUGCUUCACACGAAUAUUCUGCGAGGAGGGACCGGAGAGUCAAGGAGAUCAACAAUUGAUACGUGAAAUCAGCGUUGAGUUUCCAAAUCUUUUUAAGAUGUGACAUUUGCUACCCCCCUCCUUGUAUAAGGAGGUGGACGACGAUGACUUGCACACUCUGGUUUGAAUUUCAAGUCCUAAAGUACUGAUUUUUUUAUUAUUUUUGUAGUCCAUAAUUUUUUAGCUGUACAAAAAUACUUCGCACUUCCUUUCUCAUUCGAUCGAGCGUAAAUUGAUAUUUAAUCGACCUAGUGAAAAAAUUUUGAGAGUAAUUUAGAAAAAAAGAGGUGAAGAGAGAUCUAUCGAAUUUCAAAUUCUUUCUAACUAUCGAUUUAUCUGAAAAAACAUCGAUUCGCCGUGGAAACAUUAAAGAACUUUUUUCUUGCUCAUCAAAUUUUUAAUUGAAAAUCUCUUUUGUAAUGUCCUCUUAGAAUUGAUCGUUUUCCAGAUAAAUUCGUAAUUAAAAAAAUUGAACUCGAGUUGUUUCAUUUUAGUACUGAAUUCAAUUUUUAAUCGUUCAUUUCGUUGAUGAAAAUGAUGAAAUUCUCAAUUAGCUUUUUCCUUUGAAAAACUGAACAAAUUUCGAAAGGUGUAUUUGCUAGAAUCAAUUAUCCUAGGAUAUUAUGCAGAGAAUAUUUCCAGUUAAUAUUGGAAAUAUAUGCCAUUAGAAUUAUUCAGUCAGACCGUCUCAUCUGAUCAGCUAGGACAUUUUAAAAUUGUAUGUAAGUAGGAAUAUAUUUAGAAGAACGGGCAAAUGAAAUUAUAAUUAAACUUUCAGCUAUGAGAAUAAUUAAUAGAAAAACGUAACGCUUUCUCGAAGAUGUUCUAUUCAUUUCCCAAAAUUUCAAUAUUCCAAAGAAUUGACUGGAAUUCAUCGAAUGCGUUGGGUUUUUCUUUUAAUUUUAUUAUGGCUGACUAAAAUAGAGCCUAUGGAGACACCGAAUGUCGUGUGAUGUCAACAUUUUUUCUGCUGACUAUUCGAAUCCAGGGAAAUCUCUCUUUCAUAUCUAUCAUGCCCCGGAUGCUGAGAGAUUAUAGAUUAUAUUAUAUAUUAUAUAUUGAUGAAAGUACGAAACGUUCCAAAGUACUCUUUCUUUAAAUGUGAUACGUACAUUUUAUGUGAUCAAAUAAAAAAAUCA